AUGACUGCAUCAAAUGACGGUGCUAGUAGUUUCACCAACAUUUCCGUAGAGGAACACUUUAGCGUCUCUCAGUCUAGUUCCGGUGGACAGUUUGUAGGACCCACAGAAGAAAUAUCCACGGCGGCUGAGGCGCUUAUCGGGAGGUCGGCGACUUUAACGGAGGCUCUCAAAGCAGCAGCCAUUAACGUGGGCCACAAGCCGGUGGAAACCACAGACUUAGCUGCCAUAAAAGAGGUGGAAGCUAGAGCUACCGGAGAUGAUAUUGAAACCGGCGAUAGUGUGACCGCCGUGGCAAGUGAGGCUGUUGUUCGUAACAAAAAAGUAGGUAAAGAAGAUGACAAGAAGAUUCAUCUCGGGGACAUUGUCGCUGAGAUAGAUGUGAAGGUAACGAGAGACAAAUCAGUGACAAGUGAAGACGCAGAAGCAGUUGUUCAGGCUGAGCUCAAUCAUUCUCCAUAUAACCAUGUUAUUCCUGGAGGAGUUGCUGAGUCUGUUGCUGCAGCUUAUAAAUUAAACCGUAGUCCCUCUCUGUGA